AUGAAGAAGCAAGAGAGGUGUGUCCGGGCAGCAGCAACUGUAGGUCCUGGAGCUGGGAACAGUGCCUCUGUAAACAAAGCUGCUAACACAGUCCCUACCACCACAGUUUGUGGCAGCACUGCCAACAUUAUAUCAUCAGGAGCUUGCCUUGCAGCAAAUCCAGCUGUUUCCAUCAUCACAAGUGAAGGAGUAACAGAGCAGGCAAUGGGAAUGAAACAUUCAAAGUCAGACCAUUCAGGUCUUAGUCACAAAGACAGAUUCAAAGAUAAAACUUCUGUAGCUAAAAAGUUCAUCAGUAAAAGCCAGGAAAACCUAAGCAGUCAGGGGAAGACUGCAUCUUUAACAACAGUCGUGGAGUCUCCUCAACCUGUUUCUUUGUUGACAAAAACUGAAGCAGACCUUGCUGAAAAAAAUAAAGAAAAUCUAGCCAUUCGGGUGAGGGAGAGAAACUCAGUUAUUAUGAAAUCCAAAGCAGGAAAGCUAAAUAGUUUAGCUGCCAACAUGCGGAAGGCAUCUAGUACACAGUCCAUAGACAGAACAAGCCUGAAAUCAUCAUCGUCUAAGUCAUCCAGCAACCUGGCCAUCAAGCGAGCUCAGAGUACACAGAAUAUUUGCAAAGAUAAAUUUUUGAAGAAGCGUACAUCAGCUCCUGCAGACGUCAUGGCUUUCAAUGCUGAACUGUUGGCUAAUUUUGAGAAAGAAAAGAAGAUACUUGAGGGAAGGAUAUCAGAACUGACUAAAGUGGCAGAAAGCAGGAAGGGUGAGAUUGAAAAAUACAAAUAUGAAGUUAAGAGACUGAAAGAUCAGAUAUCAUGCAGUGAGAGCAGAGAAGAAAUGGAGUUACUUAGGAACCAAAAUAAAUUACUUGUUGACAGACUACAAGAGCUUGGAUUUCCAGCAGAACAGAUCACGGACUCUGAAAAGCUCAUGAUGAAGAAUUCUUGUGCCGACACAGCUGAUAGUCAUGAUAACACUUCUGACAUCUAUCUGCAAACCUGCUUGAGCUGUUACAGCAUCUCCACAGAUGGAGGACAUACAAAAAGCCACACAAAUCCUAUAAAUAUCACUUUUGUUGGGGUUUCUGAGAAGACUCUCUUAAGUGAAGUUGACGGUUCAGACCUUCAUCGAUCUACAUCUUUGUCUGCCUCAGAGCCAGGAAUGUCGCUACCUGAUCUGUGUGGGACACCUGACCAUCCAUCAGUACUUUCACUGGACACUGCCAACUGGGAUAAGCAGAGCAACAAGUCAGCAAAUAGUGAUGGUGCUAUCAGUGAAGCUUCCCUAGCAUGCUUAACAGAGAGAAUACUACAAAUGGAAGAAACAAAUUAUUCAACCACAGAGGAAUUACAAGCAACCCUGCAGGAACUGGGUGACUUACAAGAUGCUGUCAAUGAGCUGACAGAAGACAACACUAAGCUUACAGAUGAGAAGGCUGUCCUUCUGGAGUCCCUGUGCACACAAACAGUCAAGUUGGAAAAUGCAAGAUUUCACCUGGAGCAUCUGAAGCAUCUGCUGAUAUCUGGUGAUCUACCAGAUAAAUCUGACAGAGAUGACCAUCUUCUUGGUCUUCUCAAGUCUGCACAGGAGGAGAGAGAAGAACUCAUGAGAAAGCAGACAGAGUGGUGUAAUGCUGUGCAUUGCUUGGAAUCAGAAUGUAAAGAAGCUCAAGAGGCCGAGGAGAAAAUGAGAGGGAAAUACAGUGUGCUUAAACUUGCUCAUACGUCAUUGAAGGCAGAGAAGGAGGCUUUAGAGAAACAGCUGUUGGAGAUGAAAGAAGCCCAAACAGCAGAACAGACUGAAGUCACUAGACUGAAAACAUUUCUGGAAAAUGAAAGGAGCAAAGUGACUGAAUUUGAGACAACCAGGCAUGCUCAUGACAAGAAUGAUUUGGAAGCACUACUGCACACAGCCAGACUUGACAAAGACAGGGCAGAGCAGAAGCUAACAGAUCUCAUUGAGGCUCUGGCUUUAUCUCAGCAUGAGGUGAUCAGACUGAAGGAUUGUCUGUCUAGCAAGGAGCAAGAACUAACAGAAAUCUGCAACAGUGCAAAGACUCAGAUGUCUGUCCUGCAGUCUAGACUGGAUGCAGUGGAAAAAGAAAAACUGGAAUCUGAGAGGAAAGAAGACAUUCUGAGAAAACAUGCAGAUCAACUGGAAUCAGACUGUGACAGAUAUAAAGAAGAGAAAAGAAGUUUGACUGUAAAACUGCAGGAGGCUCAGUCAGAACUCAGGUGUACCAAGCAGCAGAAACAGAUCAUGGAAGCAGAGCUACAGGAGAUUAGCUCCAAACAUGAUGUUGAGUCUGAGGAAUGGAAACAGUUUCAAAGGGACUUGCAGACGGCAGUUGUCAUUGCUAAUAACUUUAGCCAGGAAACACAAGACAAGAUGGAUGCCAUUACAGGCGAAAACAGUCAGGAAAUGGACAAGCUCCGACAAGAGAAUAUCAUUUUGAAACAAACCAGAGAGGAUUCUUCACUGAAGCAGUCUAUAUUAACCAAUGCAGAGCUCAAAGGAAAGGUCCUGACAUCCAUGGACAGAGAACUUGCUGCCUUGAGGGAGGGCCGUCCACAUAUGGAUCAGCGCAGUCAAAGCAUCUCAGUCAAAUCUCUUAUCCGCUCUAUUGAAGAGCAGGUAAAGUCAGGAUGUUCCUCAAUACAUUCAAGCCAUUCAGAGUCCCGACGAAGUUCCAAUUCUUCAGACAUCUCUAUUGCAUCUCUAAAAGAAUUUGUAAAGUCUCCUGCAUUAUCACUGUCAGUGUCUGAAGGACCAGGCUCACCAACUAAUGACUUCAGUUUGAGGCCAUCGUUCAUGAAAUGCAAAACUUCAGAAAAGUCUCCAAAUGCAAGGCCUGCCUCUGAUGGUGCUAGUGCUGCAGGAAUGCCAAGUCCUGAGGGACCAGCACAACAGUUACAAGGGUCUACAGCUGAUGCUGGGGAGCCUGUAGCUGUGGGAAAAGUGGUCACCCAGAUAUCAUCCAUUCUUAAAGACAGGACUACACCAAGGAGAAGCAGUGGAAUCGUUGAAGUAGAUGUUCCAAAGAAGGAAACGCCAGGGAAAGAUCCUUUAGCCUCACUUGCCAAGCUGAUGAAGGGAUCCAAACGCAAUGCUCUUCUCAAGUGGUGCCAGUUAAAAACCAUUCCAUAUUCAAACACUGACAUCACCAACUUUAGCAGCAGCUGGAAUGAUGGGCUGGGCUUCUGUGCCUUGUUGCACAGCUAUGUGCCUGAGAAGAUUCCUUACUGUGAGCUCACCUCUGAGGAUAAGAGGAGGAACCUAACGAUUGCCUUCAGUGCAGGAGAAAGUGUCGGAAUCAAAGCAACUCUGAACAUCAAUGACAUGGUGUCCAUGGAGAGGCCUGACUGGCAAGCUGUGAUGAACUAUGUUACAGCUAUAUACAGACACUUUGAGGUAGACAAGACAUGA